GCCCAACGGAGGCGCUCUAACUGGCACGAACACUUGUUUGUUGCUAGCGAGCAAGCGGCGGUUGAAGACGAGCAUUAUGGGAAUUGUAGUUUUAGCGACGUUUUAGCAACCGGCUAGCUACCAACCUGCUACCAACUUGUCAACGGCUGGCUGUUCCUCACUACUGUUGCCUACAACUUCAGAAUGCAGAACGGGCUGUGUAUAGAUGGCGGAGAGCAAUGACUGAGGAGUUUGAUGAAGAUGUGGUAUUUGAGAACUCUCCUCUUUUCCAGUACCUGCAUGAUCUAGGGCACACAGACUUUGAGGCAUGUCCAACAGCAUCACAGGACGACGAAUAUGGCGGACAAGAGGGAGACCUCACCACUCCUGACGAAGAUCCACGGAAAACUUCAGGAGGACGCUUCUGGAGACUGGCUGAAGCGUUAUGGAGAUGGAGUCCGAUUCACCAGGCGGCUGCAUCUCGUAAGAUGGGCCAGCAGCUGGACUGUGUCUUCGGCCAGUACUCAGUGAAGUGCAUUCUGGACCAGGACGUGCUGCUGCAGGAGGAUGUGGAGCUGAUCGAGCUGUUAGACCCGAGUCUGCUCACCCUCGGCUCGUCCGUCUCUGGCUCAUCCAGCCGAGCGAGCACCCUGCCCAGACCGAGCCUCAUAGCCAGGCCCUCCCUAUGGGACGUGGCGGGGCUGAUCGGCCUGGCUGCGGUGCUGCUGGGUCUCCGCUCUGAGGGCCUGUGGUCGCUGGCGGCAGCGCCGUGGGGCCUGGCGCUGCUGGGCUGGCUUGGACUGAGGGGAGUCAUGCUGUGGAGAAUGGGCCGCAUGCAGAGAGCCGUCCACACACGGGCCACGCAGCUCCAGACCCUGGUCCACAACAGCAAGACUCUGACCGGGCUGUCUCGUAAAGCCCUGCGUCUGGUGCAGGAGACGGAGGUCAUCUCCAGAGGGUUCACCCUUUUGCUCGACAGGGUGAGUGCGGCCAACUCCUUUAGCAGGGCGGGGCCGGGGGCGGUGCCACGAGGCCAGCAGCUGAUGGGACUGAGGAAGGCCCUGUACCGGGCGCUCCGGACCGCCUUCAGAGCGUCUCGUAGAGCCACCUGUCACAUGCUCAAGGCGUUCCCUCUGAACUCUGAGAUCGAUAAUGUGACCAACUAUGUGUCUGCGGUGCCUCUGAAGGAGCUGGGACUCGGCCUGGGGAUUGAGCACCUGGGUGACGAGCAGGCUCAGGAGCUGACCGAUGACUACAGCCUGCCUGCCCUGAAGAUGCUGUUCCAGCUGUGGGUGGGACAAAGAUCUGAAUGUUUCCGUCGACUGGCUCUUCUCCUGUCACACCGAAGAAUAGAGGAGCCAGAUGAGGGCGUACUCAACCAAGACAGCUCCCCACCCCCUCCUCCGCUGCACCGCUCCAUCGCCGCUGUGACCGAGCCCCUCCAUCACGCUCUGGGCAGCUGCCUCUGCGAAGUGCAGCGCAGCUACGACUUCCAUCGACACUUUGAGACCCAUCUGAGGACGACUGGCUCUGACAGGACGGGGAGAGCAAGGGAGAAAUGCCGGGAGCUCAACACCCUGCACACCUCCAUCCGAAGCCUGCAGCUGCACCUCAAGGCCCUGCUUAGCGAGAUGAUCAUCCUGGAGGACGACCUGGAGAAACUGAUGGUGUCCAAGGAACUGACGGAGUUGACGUUCGAGGGCUACCAGGCCCUCAGUGACCGGCUGCACCAGCUGCAGCCUCACAUGCAGGCCAGCACCGGCUGCUGGGAGGACACCAUCUGCCAGGUGGAGCGCAUGCUGAGACGGGCCAACGCCUGUCCAGGUUAUGCUGAGGGUCUGGAGCAGUGUGGUACCCCUGUAACCGAGACUCCUGCUCCUCCUCCAUCCUACCCGUUGAUCCUGGACAGAGACCCUGUGCCAGAAGAGCUGGAGUGGGAGGCCUACGUGUCCGACUCCGACUCCGACGGCGAAGGCAGAGGGUCUUGGUGUGACAUCUUGUCACCGGAGGAACGGGAGCGGCAGCGCCGGGAGAAGGAGGAGUCCCGUCGCGUCCUGUCGGAGCUCAAAGCUGUGCUGGGCUUCCGUGCGUCGGAGGGGGAGAGGAUGAAGAGGAAGCAGCUGCUUUUCAACGACCAAGCUGCUGUGACACCUUCAGCUCACGGUGAGAGUUCAGAUCCUGGCACAAAGCCGUCAGACGCUCCGACCUCCCUGGGAUCUAUAGAAAGUGGCAACGAAGAAGGAAACCACUUUUCAGAGCGCUCUGCAGGAAACAAAGGGGAGGAAGGGGAAGGAAAAGAUGGCAGGGUGAGGCCUGACCCCUUCGCCGAGCCAGUGACGGAGUUCAGCUGUGGCUUGGAGGAGAAGGAAGGGGAUUUGGGAGGAACUUCGGUGUGUACCAGAGGAGGAGGAGGCGCGUCUGAGCUCCACCAAUACGACGGUGUCCUGGAGGAGGGCCAGAACGGUCUGGACUGCUUCCUGAAGCCUAAAGUCCCCGCCGUCACUGUGAUGGACAGACUGACGGAGCUCCACGGCCCAGAGGCUCUCAGCUUCAGCUCCGCCCUCGCCGCUCAGGUGGCAGCACGCUCGCACUCGCUCAUCACCAUGGAGGAGCAGACGUUCGGUGAUGAUGAGGAGGAGGAUGAAAAGGAGAGCGACAGUCAAACCCUUGAGAAGGACUUAAAUUAAAAACCCUGCUGCUUUAACCUAGCACUGAGCAGAGACUGUAUUUA